AUGGCCAGCACGUCCUUGUGGGGUAAGAUAUCCGACAUCUGGGGCCGCAAGCGAAUUCUCAUGGGGACCAAUGCUAUUAAGCCUCAUGUGCGCCUUUGGCAGAUUGUUGUGAACAUCUACAUCAGCGAUGUCUUCUCUCAGAGGGACCGCGGGUUGUGCUUUGGCCUCGCGUCUUUUGUAUGGGCAUUGGCUGAUGGAGUCGGUUCUGUCACAGACGGAGUCUUUACUACCUAG